AUGGCGCCGGAGCUGCUCGGCCCUCCCCUCUCCGGAAGUGCCGGUGUCGGAGGUGACCGCGCCCCGCGGCCUGGAAGGGGCGGCGGGCCCCCAGGGCCGCACCGACUCGGCCCCUCCCCGCCCCUUUACCCUACAGGCCCGCGGGGCUCGGCGCUGCCUCCGGAGCAGGUCUGCGCGAAGCCCGGCGGGACCCAGAACGGGCGGGCGGUCCCGACGCGAGGCGAGGGCGGGCCGGGAGGGGCGGGGCCGGCGGGCGACGACCGCACGCAGUCCGAGAGCGUCUCCGCAGUGGGCCGGUCCUGGAGGAUGCGCGCCCUGGACGCGCCUGCGAGCCCGCGGCUCUUGGCCUCGGACUCCGGGUCCCCUGCGGCCCCGGACGCGACUGGGCCGGUUCGCAGGAGCGCGGUGGAGAGGCUGGCGGCCGACCGCGCCAAGUAUGUGCGCGGCCCGCCCGGGGCCGGAUCAGGCCCGGCUGGCGGGGGCAGCAGCCCCGAGGCGACCGGAGGGCAGGCGCGCGUCCCCGGGCCCGGGGUGCGCAGGGCUAUAGCGCGGAAGCCGCUAAGGCCUGACUCGCUGGUCAUCUACCGUCAGAAGUGCGAGUUCGCCCGAGCGUCAGGAGCCGACAGCCCCAGGGCAAGCCUGGUGAAGAAGCUCUUCCAGGGGCCGAGCAAGGACAAGACGCCCGAGCCUCCUAGCGCCGCCCGGGUGGGAGCGGAGUUGGGGGUCAGGGCCCAGGGGGCCGCCCGGGCCGAGCCUGGCCCCUCCGCGCCUCCCGCGCCCGCGCGGUCCGUCGGGACGACCCCAAGGGUCUCGGCUGCGCCCGGCGGCGCGGAGCUGCUGGGGGUGAGGCGCCUGGGGCUACAGCGCUCUCAGUCUGACCUCAGCUCGCGCUACUCCGCGUCCUUGGCCGAAUCGGACACUUUCUUCCAGUACUGCGGCCUGGAACCCGACGUGGUGGAGGCGCUCGGGCGGGAGAACUUCUCGGCCGGGUCGGACCGCGGCGCCCUCAAGGUCCGCAGCGUGAGCGUGGCCACCUCCGACAGCGGCUUCUCCCGGCGCAGCGGGGAAGACGAGGGGCUGCAGGAGGAGGAGCUGACGGAGCAGGUGCCCAGCACCACCUCGGUGGUCGAGCGGAACGCGCGCAUCAUCAAGUGGCUGUACACCUGUAAGAAGGCCAAGGAGACGCCCGGCCAGGGGCUGCAGGGCCCGGCGUGACAGCCCGCCCCAGGAGAAUCGGGCCGAGGAAGCAAACCUUCUGGACGAUGGGGACUCCUUGCAGUAUGUCUGGAUGACUGGGACCGGAGGCCCAUCUUCACUGCCAGGUUUUAUCUAGAGUACCCAAGUAUCCAUAUAAUUGCUCUUUUCCCAGGAAUAAAACACACCAUUAAAGAAGCUUGUCAUUUCAGAAGGUUUGAAAUGCUGUGGAGAAGGUGGGAACACAGAACUUGGAAAUAAGCUGAGUUUCAACUGUUAUGACACAGCUGAAGCUCUGGUAAAUAUUUUCUUGUGUUAGGUGGAUCUAUUUUUGCUUCCAGAGGGCAGCAGAAGAAGGAAAAGCUGCUUGGAAAGAUUUUCAAGGGCAUCUUUUUGAGUGGCUUGCUGACAAAUAGGUACCAUGAUACAUUUUAAUGAUAAUUAAUUUUGAAAAGAAAAAAGGCAAAGAGCAUGAAAUUCAAACACAAAUGCCAUGGUAUUUACUGCUUUCAAUCAUACUGGACAGAUUGGCACUAUUUAAAUCAAAGUUCUGUGAUCAUAAGACAAUGUAUUCUACACAAAUACUGUGGUUAACAAAGAGCAAACACAUGCUCACACUUGCACAUUCACACGUAGACCUCCUUUUCUAAGUAUCGCCGCACCAUAAACUACAGUGAAUUCCCAGCUGUGCAAUUGAUCAUCUUAUGAAGUGAAUCAGAAAGCACUUUUAAAACCACUUGAGAGCUGCAGGAUCACUAUGAAUGCCACUCCUGUUGGGCUGUAGACAUGCAGUGGUAACAUAAAAAGAUAAAGAGUUGGAAUACUGCUAGAAAACCUUUUUGUGUACCUGGGCGGUUUACUGAGAGUUGGCAGAAGAAUACUGAAGCUUCCUUCCUUCAAAUCUGCAUCAGUGGUCCUCUUCCGCAGCGCUGUGUCAAAUAUGCCUCCAUGGUUCUCCUGUCCCCAACUUCCGAAAAGGAUAAAAAAGACCUCUAUUUAGGCAGAACAUGGACUCACGGCAUGUGAAAUGCCCUACAUUUUGGUCUAAUUCACACCCUCAUCUAUCAUGCAAUCAUUCCAAAUUUGGCAGCAGUUCACUCUGUCUGAAUAGGAUGUUUGAAACAAGGGGCAGUCCCUUGGAUGGCUGGGAGACUGUCGGAUUGGAGUGUUGUUGGUAAGGAGUUACUGUGACUCUAAAUCUGUCCCAGCUUGUGACACUCAGAGCAAAUAAAUUUCAAGUUCAGAACCUUCUGAGAGAGAUUUUGUAUCUGUGAAAACAACCCAAAGACCAUCUGUCAUCCAGUCAAAGCUCACAGUGUUUUAUCAAAAUAUACCUAAGAACAUAAUUAUUAGAACAGGGAGGGAAGAGAAAUAGGUUUCUCAAAAGUAAAAUGUUCUAUAAACCAAUUUUGAUAUAUUCAUGUAUUUGUUUAAUACUGUAUUCUAUUUUUGUAACUUGCUGUGAGAAUAGGUCCUAGAGUUAAAUAUUUAUUUUUACAGAAGUAUUGGUCUUCAAAUAGUUUUCCUACAUUUCAUAUGGUUUUGGUUUUUAUCAGUAUAAUUUUAAGUCAUUCUGUCCUUGGUUAUCUUUUUGUAUGUUGUUUAAUUAAAGUUUCUGUUUGACUGUCGGCGGCAUGUGUGGCACUCUGUCCUGUGCUCAGUACUGUAGGGACUAGUUUGUCAGUAAGUCACGGCUGUACAUUUGGAGCGGGCACUUCUUCAGUGUAGACUCUGUGAAGACAAAGGUUCUCUGCGCUAAGGAAAUUUCCCCUUUGUUUUUAUGCUGCUAUUUUGGUGUUCACUAUUCACUGGAUUAUACUUAAUUUAAAAGACAAUGUCAAAGAUGAGAAUUUUCUUUAAGGAUCUUUUUGUAUUUGGAGUUUCCCUAUUUGCAGGUUCUAUUAAUUUUUUAUGUGAAUUUUUUAAGCGAAAUUGUUAUGUGCCUUUCUACUGUCAGAAUAGGAUGCAGUGUGUCCUAGGUCAGAUUUGUCUGAGAUCAGAAUGAUGGGAACUCUGCCGUUCCUGUGGGCUUCACUGCUGGCUCAGCAGUAAAGAGUUUGCCUGCAUUGCAGGAGAUGCAGGAGAUGCAGGAGACGCGGGUUCGGCCCCUGGGUCCUGGAGGUGCCCUGGAGGAAUGCAUGGCAACCCACUCCAGUACUCUUGCCUAGAGAAUCCCAUGAACAGAGAAGCCUGUCAGGCUGCAGGCCGUAGGGUCUCACAGAGUUGGACAUGACUGAAGUGACUAAGCAGCAGAAGCAGCUACCAACCACCAGUGUAAUAGACGAAAAGCAGAAAAACAAAUUGGUUGCUGUUUAAAAGCGCUGAGAUCUUCCAGAAGCAUUUGCGUAUCAGUGACAGUGACUCUAGGAAGUAAACGUCAGGGGGGUGUGUGAGGCAGGAACGGGGUGUCCCCAGACCCCAGCAGGAUCAGGUUAACACUCCCUCUUGUCUGUCUGGAUUCAGGCCUCAGCUCAGGGCCUGAGUAUGUGGCUGGAGGCAGGAAAUCCUUUCCUAACUCUGAAUUGCUGAGUGACUGAGAAAAUCAGAAUUUGUAGCUCAGUCUGAAUAAAAAAGUUUAUAACUGCUUUUCACAGGGAUGAACAAUAGUUAUUGCUGCAAAAUAGUUUCAUUUGUUCAGGAAAUAAUAGCAUAUUAGGUAACAUGAUUAAGUACAAUGGAAAGGAAAAGUUGUUGAAAAAUUAUUGAUAAAACCUGGGAAACAGCUUGACAGUAUCUAGUUCUUUAAUAUAUGGAUACAGAUCACCAGUGCCUCAGACUUAAAGGUAGUUAUGUUACUGAAAGGUAGUUAUAUAACUGAAGUUUCCUCAUUAUGCAUAUAGUUUUUAAACUGCUGGUCACUGACACUGGAAUAAAAAGAAGGCUUUAUCAAGCAUUGCCCUUUUCAGUGGGUUAAAGGGCAGUGCUACAGUUAUUGUUGGUGACGCCAUGAAAUAUCAGGCCCAGACAGUUGUUAUGGCAGUCUAAAUAGAGUUCUUUUUUCACACACUACUUGCAACAUGAGUGCAAUAUUGUAUAUUCUGAAUCAAAGAAAUAAAUUAUUUUUUGUUAUUUUUAA